GGCUGGGCCGGGCCGUGGGCUCAGGCUGGGGCAGCACGCCUGGGCCGCUGCGCUGCGCGGGGAGGAGGGGCGAGCGGCGGGCUGGGAGGCUGGGGUCACGAACUGGGACUAAAAACGUGGCGUUUCCACGAUUUCUAACAAUCAUAGGAUGGCUCAGGUCGGAGGAGAUCAUCCAGUUCCAGCCCCACCCAGUGCCACCCCACCUCGGGCUGCCCGGGGCCUUGGGCACCUCCAGGAAUGGGGCACCUGCAGCUUCACUGGGCAGCAGUGCCAGGGCCUCCCUGCUCUCUAAGUGAAGAAUUCCAUCCUCGCAUCUAAGCUAACUCUCCUGUCUUUUAGUUUAAAGCCAUUCCCCUUGUCCUAUUGCUGUCUGCCCAUAUAGAAAGUUAUAUGCUUAUAAGCUCCCCUCGAGUUCUAGAAUACUGCAGUGAAGUCUCACCAAAGCUUUCUCCUCUCCAGGCUGACCAAACUUGGUUCCCUCAACUUAUCUUCACAGGAGAGAUGCUUCAGCCUUCUGAUCAUCUCCAUGACCUCCUCUGGACCUGCUCCAACUACUCCAUAUUCCUCCUGUACUGGGAUUCCCAGGCAUGGGUGUAGUAGUCCAGAUGGGAUGUCAUGAGGGUAGAGUAAAAAGGGAAAAUCCCCUCCCUCACCCUGCUGUCAGCCCCCUGUUGAUGCAGCCCAGGAUACCAUUGGCUUUCAGACUGCAAGCACACACUGCUGACUUCUGAUCACCAUGGCUGCAGUGGAUCGCUUCAACCUGCUGUACAGAGAGAUCAGUCAUUCCUGCAGUUUUUACGUUGAGGCCCUGGCUAUAGUUGGAGCUUGGUACACAGUCAGAAAAUGUCUGACUCUUGUGUUUGACACUUACAGCAUGCUCAGGCUUCAUGUUAUUCCAAAGCUGGUUGGUGAGAUUGAUAUUGUCAAGCGGUAUGGAAGAUGGGCAGUGGUCACUGGUAGCACAGAUGGUAUCGGGAAGGCAUAUGCUGAAGAACUGGCCAAACGUGGUGUCAAUAUCAUCUUAAUCAGCCGAAGCAAAGAGAAGCUGGAGGCUGUAUCUAGAAACAUAUCUGAAACCUAUAAAGUGGAAACAGAUUUCAUAGUAGCUGACUUCAGUAAGGGGCGUGAGGCUUACCAAGCCAUUAAGGAGGGCCUGAAAGAUAGAGAAAUUGGAAUUUUAGUGAAUAAUGUAGGACUGUUCUAUACGUACCCAGAUUAUUUUACUAACCUGUCUGAGGAUAUGCUGUGGGACAUGAUCAACAUAAAUAUUGCCUCUGCUAACAUGAUGGUGCAUAUCGUGUUGCCGGGCAUGGUAGAGAAGAAGAAAGGUGCAAUUGUGAAUGUCUCCUCUGCUUCCUGUUGUCAGCCAACACCAAUGCUAACAAUCUAUGGAGCCUCUAAAGCCUACUUGGACUAUUUCAGUAGAGCAUUGUAUUAUGAAUAUGCUUCAAAAGGAAUUUUUGUUCAGAGUUUAACCCCAUUUGUAAUUGCUACAAAAAUGGUAUCAUGCAGUAGUGUUACAUCAAAGAGAUCUUUCUUUUUUCCUUCUGCUGAAGAGUAUGCACGUCAUGCUAUUUCUACCCUUGGGUUAUCCAAAAGGACUCCUGGUUACUGGAAACAUUCAAUAGAGUUCACACUGGGUGAACGUCUACCUGAAUGGAUCUGGGCAUGGUUUGCACAAUACUUCUGCAGAAUUAUACGCAAGGAAGCUUUAACACACAAAGCAAAAUAGGAAUAUCCAGAUGUUCAGUAUAAAUGAGUACAGGAAUCUGAUCAGAGUGCUACAAAAUGGUCAAGUGAAUCCUGGAUUUACUGCAAUUUAUCCAUAACUUGCUUAAUAGUGUAACUAGUGUUACUUGUAACAAUAACCCAGACAUUAGAAGUCUGGAUCCUACAUCACUGUGCUAAGUUGCUCCUCCUCUGCAUUCCUCCAGGACAAAGAGUUGAUCUUGCAUAGGUUAAUCUCAGUUCACUUUGUUUGUAAGGUAAUAGGACAGGAGCAGAUAUAACUUUAAUUCUGAUAGUAAAUGACUGCCUUUUGUGUAGUGGUAUGUAAUCUUGAUUUGUAAUGUCAGCAUAAUUUGUGAAUUCUCCAGCUCUGGUGAUAAUGGGCCCAAAACAAAUCAUGUUGUUUUGAAAAGACAGUCCUAGUCAAUCAAUAUGCAGUUUAUGAGUCUUCUGGUCUUUUCAUGGCAGGUACUUGUAUGUUUUAAGUGCAAAUAUUGUUGUUUUCGAACAGGGUACUUACCAUACAUCUUAAUUUUGAUAAAGUCAUACUAAUUUGGGGGUCGUUUAAAUGACAGAAAAGGCCUUACAGAACUGCAAAGGAUUUCAAAGAUAACGUGUUUUUUCUUUCUUAUUCUAAGUGUGAAUGCUCUUGACCACGCUUUAAAUAUUCCUUCAACAAUCCGAAACGUGGCUGAAGAAUUGAAACAUUGUAAAAAUACAUUAGCUAGGGAAAAAUAACAAAGAAGUAGUGUUCUAAGAACAAAGGUUAGUUUCAUAUGACAAUUAAAAGUUACUGAAGUCA